CAGUUUUUAUUUUAAAGCAUAUUCAGCAGUGUUACCUUCUCCUCUGAUGGCGGCAAAAGGACAAAGUUAUAACUGUGUCAUGUCAGCAGCCACGAAACUCUGGAGAGGAGAGGAGAAUGGUUUUGACCAGGCCACGGGUGUGCGCUCCUUCCUUCUGUCUGCCUUUUGAAGCUCCGUUCAUGGCGUCUCCAUCUCCCUCUUGAACCACCACCACCACCACCUUCUUUGAUACUCCUCCCGUCUCCCAUCUCUCAUCAGAAUCCUUUUCUGCAGCGGAAGAGCAAAAAAAGAAUCGCACCCAUGAAGUCAAAGAUGAAUCUUGAAUCGGGGUCGACCGCUACCGUCUCCAUCAUCUCCUCCUCCGCCUUCUUCUUCUUGGCAGUUCUUUCUCUCUCUGCUCUCUCUCCGACUUCCGCAGCCGCCGCAGCCUCCGCCGCCGCCACGAACGGAUCGGCAUGCCCCAUGGAUCUCAGCUACAUGCGCAGAAUCCCUUGGAACACUUCGAAUUGCCAACCCCCCAUCUUCACCCCCAACGGUUCCCUCAACGGCACCUCUAAGAGCACCUGUUGCCAGAACGUCCUGUCCCUCUUCGGCGUCGCUUUGGCUCAGAGGCUCCGACAGACUUCUCUCUUCAACCUCCCUGACCUCAACACCUCCAUUUCUUGCCUCCAAGACUUCCAAUCCACCCUCACUUCUCUCUCGCUCCCCACCAAUCUUGUUUCCUACUGCCUCAACCCUUCGCAGUUCGUCAUCACGCCCAACACCUGCGCUGACAUUAAGACUGCGCAGGACUGGGUCAGGGAACUCGGCAACUCAACUGCUCUUGAUUCGGACUGCAAAGCCGACCUCACUGUUUUGACCUACUGUGACCAGUGCGUGGCUGCUGGUUUCAAGGUCCAAGCCCAGCUGCAAACCAUCGGUGGUAAUAAUUCUAAUACUGCAGAUUGCUUCUAUUUCACUAUUCUGUAUGCUGCUGGUAUUGUCAAUGCUUACGGGCCAGAGAGUACUGGCGUGCUCUCGUGUGUUAUGGCAUUGUCGAUCAAUAACCAAGGGAGUUCAGCUAGUAAACGGCACACCGAUCUUGUUUUUGGCUUGACUGGCGCUGGUGUUGCGGUCAUAGUCAUGUCUUGUUUGCUGGGUUUGUACUUUUGGUAUGAUAGGAGGUGGAAGAGGAGUAGGAGAAUUCAGGAAUCUAAUGCAGAUUUUAGUCUUGACCCGGAGGAAUCGGGGUCUAGGGCAAGACCAAGACCUAAUACAGGGUCUAUUUGGUUCAAAAUUCGCGAUCUUGAGAAAGCAACCAACAACUUCUCACAGCAGAAUUUCAUCGGGCGGGGGGGUUUUGGAUUGGUUUUCAAGGGAGUUCUAUCUGAUAGAACGGAGGUUGCCGUCAAGAGAAUUAUCGAAUCUGAUUUCCAGGGGGAUGAUGAAUUUUGCAACGAGGUCGAGAUUAUUAGCAAUUUGAAGCAUAGGAAUUUGGUGCCACUCAGGGGAUGCUGUGUGGUAGACGGAGAUGAUGAUGAUUAUGGUGAAAUGAGUGGCCAGAGAUAUCUUGUCUACGAUUACAUGCCAAAUGGUAAUCUUGAUGAUCACCUUUUCACAUCGCCUGAUAAUCAAAGUGGGAAGAAGACAUUGACCUGGCCUCAAAGGAAAAGCAUUAUUUUGGAUGUGGCAAAGGGGCUUGCUUAUUUGCACUAUGGGGUGAAACCUGCAAUAUAUCAUAGGGACAUUAAAGCAACAAACAUUUUGCUGGAUGCAGACAUGAGGGCAAGAGUCGCAGAUUUUGGAUUAGCAAAGCAAAGCAGAGAAGGACAAUCCCAUCUUACUACCAGGGUGGCCGGAACUCAUGGCUAUUUGGCUCCCGAGUAUGCACUUUAUGGACAGCUGACUGAAAAGAGCGAUGUCUAUAGUUUUGGAGUGGUUGUUUUGGAAAUAAUGUGUGGGAGAAAGGCUCUUGAUUUGUCUUCUUCAGGGUCACCACGGGCAUUUUUGAUAACAGAUUGGGUCUGGUCUCUGGUAAAAGCUGGGAAGAUAGAAGAGGCAUUUGAUGCUUCAUUGUUGAAAGAUGGAGAGUCUACAAAUUCCAACCCAAAAAGCAUAAUGGAGAGAUAUGUGCUGGUUGGGAUACUGUGUGCUCAUGUUAUGGUGGCUCUAAGGCCAACCAUUUUGGAUGCACUGAAAAUGUUGGAAGGAGAUAUGGAAGUUCCUUCCAUCCCAGACAGGCCAACUCCCCUGGGACACCCAUCGUUUUACGAAGAUGGCAACACUUUCAGCAUAUCACCAGCCUUAAGUGGGCCCAAAUUGAACGCUGGAGACAUGCUCAGGUUUACUCAGAGAGCCGAGGAUUUCGAUGGAAUUUGAAUAUCCAGGGGACUCGAAAUAUUUACUACUUUUUUUUUCUAUCUUCCUUUAAUUGUCUUUGUUCAUAUCUAUGUCGAUACAAAAUAGAAUAGUUUUGGUCAUUUGCAAACGCAGGAGAGGAAAUAACGUAGUUGAAAGGUGAAGUCACUGCUUGGUAGUAUGCUAGGUGGGUAUUUGUUACAAUUUACUAUCAGUUUAUCCAAGGCCAGGGUAACAUCUCAUUUUUUGUCUAUACAAAAACAAAAAAAGAUCUUGUUCUAGUUUCCACGAAAGUAACAAAGCAUUGGUGCGUAACAUUUGCAA